CGAGGUGAUAGAAGGGCGAAAGUACAUGACUUAGUUUCACUUGAGGUCGUAGAACGGCUUGGUCGAUGCCAUUUUUCAGCAUAGAUCAUUAGGCACUGGCCCAGACAUCUCAGUAGAGCAUCUGCGUCGAGGGCGGUAGAUCCAGGAUCAAUCCUGUAUCGGGUCACACCCAAGUCUUUAAAGAGGAAGUUGUAGCUCCCUUUCUUGGCAUUCAGCAUUAAGUUCAGUCAUCACAUCCCCGUUUCAGUAUGCUUCACAGGUCAUUAGAACGAGUGAGGGUAGUUCUUCGUCACAUUCUGGCUUCUGCCAAGAUGUCCACAGAAGCAGGUUCUGCCUCAGAAGAAGUCAUCUUUCAGACUGUGGGAAAUAAAGGGGUCAUAACUCUGAACAGACCAAGUGCCCUAAAUGCUCUCAAUCUGCCUAUGAUAAGGAAAAUGUAUCCGCAAAUGUUGACUUGGGAGGACAGCCCUGAGGUCAGCCUGGUGAUUAUCAAAGGGACAGGGAAGAAGGCGUUUUGUGCAGGAGGUGAUGUGAGAGCACUUUACGAUGCUGGCCAAGUUGGAGACCGCUUGACACAGGACUUCUUUAGAGAAGAGUACAUGCUGAAUUAUAAGAUUGGAACCUAUAAAAAGCCUUAUGUAGCUAUCAUUGAUGGAGUUACAAUGGGAGGGGGUGUAGGGUUGUCUGUACAUGGGAAGUACCGUGUAGCCACAGAGAGGUCACUGUUCGCCAUGCCAGAAACUGCCAUAGGUUUAUUUACGGAUGUAGGAGGAGGGUACUUCCUGCCACGACUGGAGGGUAAAUUGGGGGUGUACCUGGCCCUCACUGGGUUCAGACUGAAGGGUAGGGAUGUCUACCAUGCUGGCGUGGCCACUCACUUUGUAGACGCUGAUAAGCUAGAGGCCCUAGAAGACAGUUUGCUGAGUUUAAAAUCCACCACGGAUAAUGACAUAUCAAAGGUUCUGGGAACUUACCAUGAGCAGAGUACAACAGGGAAGGGUUCUGAGUUUGUAUUAGAGCACCACAUUGAUCGUAUCAACACACUGUUCGCAGGGGAAUCACUGGAGGAGAUAUUUGACAGGCUGAACAAAGAUGGGUCAGAAUGGGCUAUGCGUCAACUAGAAACAUUGAGAAAAAUGUCGCCUACCUCCAUGAAGGUGUGCCUGCGCCAGGUGUUAGAGGGAGCCAAACUCAGUCUGGAGGAAUGCCUGAAGAUGGACUACAGGCUUGCACAGCGCUUCAUGGAAGAUAAAGACUUCUUUGAAGGUGUUAGGGCAGUGCUAGUGGACAAAGACAACAGUCCGAAAUGGGAUCCUCCAUCAAUAGAAGGGGUAACCAAGGAGAAAAUAGACUGGUACUUUUCUCACUUACCACCAGAGCAAGAACUCAAAUUGUGAUGAAGAGUGUGCUGUUUGACAUUCUUAAUUCAGCAUAUUUGAUUCGUUGUGGAAUAUCAGUGUCUAAACUAGUUGGACAUGUGUACUUGCAAUUGCCAUGACAUCAGAGGGGUGAUUUCCUGUCAAGGCUAAGGUGUAUGUUUGAAUGACAGUAUAAUGAAAUGCCAUAUAGUUACAAUGUAACUCACAACCACAGAAACGAAAAACUUCAAAUCAAUGUCGGAAUUUGCAAGAAACAUUCAUUCUUUUAUACAUACAGAAUGAGAUUUAUAUGAGAUAUUGUUAAUGAUUUGAGGAUUUGUGAAAUUCAUGAAUCUGUGCUUUAUGGUGGGUUUAUAUUGAGCAGACUCAGUAAGUCAUCAGAUAUCUGUGACUUAUUCCUGCAACUUCCGGCAGGUUGAGUUAUCAACUGCAUAUGGCUAUUUUGUAACAGACAGUCCAGUGUUGACUCUGGCAUGGCUACAGCCGUAUUCACACUCGUCACAUGCAACAAAUGGAAUGAAAAUGGGACAAGUGUACUUUGUAACCCAAGUUCAGAUGAAGCGAUUUGUUGAAUGGUAUAGUGAGAUGAAAUAGCUUUUGUCAUAUUUUCACUUGACCGUGUAAUUCAACAGUUGCACCAUGGGAAUGUGGCUUUAUAGUUGUCUCAUCUUGCAUGUAGGACAGGUCUGCUGGAUUAUCUCCCCUGGUGGGCGCUAACAACAGGUUUCCAGCUCUAAAUUUAAGAAGAUGGGCAACUUCAGUUCAGAAAAUAAAUCGUAAUCCCAUGUGCUGAAUACAACAUUGUUCAUCAACAAGAAGAGAAAAAUGCUUACCUUAUAUACAACUUAUUUCCAAGCUGAAGAGGCAUAUAUAGAAGUUCACGGAGUAAAAUCCCAAAGUUUCUUUAUAAAUUUGAGUUAUUCGUUGGUACAUUCCUAUGUACAUUCCAACAUCGUUAUGGUACAUUGGAACGUUGAUUAGAUUAGAAGUUUAUGCAUCAAGAAACUUUGUGAUGUUAUUCUCAAACAGUGACAAUCCACUCAAUGAUCAUAGAGUAUAUUGUAUAUUGUUUCCAGACGCACGAGUACAUGUAUCUCGCUUCGGACAGACUUUUACAUUAUGUGCAUAUACCCUCUCAAAGUGGAAUUGUAUAUUUUCGUUCAUCUUCAUCUGCACACAAGUUCUCUGGUAUGGUCCCAGUUAAAUUUGACAAACAUAAAGCUUAGUUGGGGUAGAAGGUUUGGCAGAAAACAUGGCUAACCUCCUGGGUUUUAUCUGCAGCCAAACCAGCUAACUGGAUUCAAGCAUGUGACUGCAAUGGUCAAGGACUUGCCCACCUGACCCAGUAAAUUAUUAUGGCAGUUACCUGCAAUUUUUGAUCCGCUUCGGUGGCCUAAUGGUUAGAGCGUCCGCCUCAAAGUUAGGAGACCCAGGAUCGGGUCAUACUAAAGAUUGUCUGAUGUCUUGAUAUUUCAGUGGUGGCAGCAAUCCUCGCCGUUAUACAUGUAUGACUGAAAAAUUGUUAAUUAUGACGGAAAACUCUGGCAUACAUACAUGCAAUUUACAACACUUCAUGAUAUGAAACUCUUCUAGCUAAAGCUUGGUUUUUACGAUGGGUAGGAUGAAUUCAGGGAACUUUGGACAUCCAGCUACCUUCGGACUAGAUUAAAAAUUAUUUUAUUUAUUUAUUUGAUUGGUGUUUUACGCCGCCCUCAAAAAUGUUUCACUUAUACGACAGCGGCCAACAUUAUGAUGGAAGGAAACCGGGCAGAGCCCGGGGGGGAAACCCACGACCAUCCACAGGUCGCAGAGAGCUGAAGAAAGAAUCUGUAAAAUAUCCAGAUCUGGGAUUGAAUUUGUAAUCGUCAAAAAGUCAAUGUCUCAAUGUCCUGGAUCUAUGUUCGAAUGUACCUGACUGUGAUAGCCUUGAUACUUUUCAAGCAAUAAACAAAGCCUAUGAGGAUGCAUAUUUUAGUUAAACAACUAUGUGUAGAGAAAAUAUUUAGUAGUUGUUUGGCUCUGUGUCUGAAGAUUCCUGACAUUACUCUAUACA